AUGUCUUCAAUUGCAAAAACUGUCAUUGCGACAGGCACCUCGUCGGGCCUAGGAUUCGAAGCAAUCAAGCAGUUACUCCAACAGGCACAACCAUACAGCUUCAUUCUGGGAGUUCGUGACACGGAGAAGACUCGUGUCGCAUAUGAUGACCUGAAGUUCGAUACUUCAAAGCACAGCGUCUCAAUCUUGCCUCUAGAUCUUUUGAAUCUCAAGAGCGUGCAGUCCUUCGCCAAGCAAGCACUCUCUGAAUUGGGCCAUAGACCAUUGAACUAUCUUUUCCUCAUUGCGGGCCUCGCUAUCGGUGCUGAUGGACCAGGACCUCAUGGCUCGAAAUGGUGUGAAUCGUACAUGGUAAAUCAUCUCGCCCAGCAUUAUCUAACCCACCAAUUUGUUGACGUCCUAUCUGCCUCGCAAUCACGGAUCGUUGUUGUAUCUACGGGUGCAAUUCGCAAUGUGAGAGGAAGCGACCCAGGGACUCUUGAUGUCGACCUGAAAGCAAACUCUGGCGCGAACGCAAAAGUAGUGUACAGCGCAUCGAAAUUCACCCAGCUUCUGGGUGCACACUACUGGCGUCGUACCCUCCCAGAUUGCAAAGUUGUGGCUGUCUCGCCGGGUCUCAUCCCCAACACUAAGCUUGCCCAACAUUCGGGUUUAAGAUUGACGAUGGAUAUGCCCGAUGCCAAGACCGUGCCAGAGGGUGCCCAUAGCAUCCUUCGCGCGGUCACUGCCGAGGAUUUCCCUGAUGACCCGGAACAGAUUUUCUUGACUAGCUGGGGUGAAUGGUGGCCCAAGGAUGUCUAUGCUUUGAGUCUUGAUACUGCGUUGCAAGACAAGUGGUGUUUGAGCAAGGAGGACAUCGAGAAGUCCGAGCCAGUGUUCCAGGAAUAA